AUGUCCAGCUCAGCGGUGGAGCGCUCACAGGCCAGCACCAAGCUGCGCGCCAGGCGGGGCCAGCAGAUGGUGCUCACCUACUCGCAGCAGGCGCGCCCGCGCCGCGAAAGCGGCAUGGGCGGCUUGGUCAACACGUGCGUCAUUUUGAUACUGAUGGCGCUGUACCACCAGACGGGCUCCACCCUCGACCCCACAGCUUCCCGGGACAUUCUGGCCCUGCAGUUCGCGGCGGCGGUGGCGGUGGCCAUCUUCAUGACUGUCUGGCGCUUCACGAAGCUCAAGGAGUCCGAGGCAAGGGCCACGCAAUCGCUGAGCCGCCGCGUCGCAUCGUAUGCAGUGUGGAGGGCAGAGAGGGAGGAUGCAGAAGACAUUGCAACGAACGUUGGGCACCGCCAGCGGCGUCUGCUCUACACCACCGCCCUCAAGUGGUUCGGCCCGCGGCUGGUGGGCACGUCGACCGCGUGGGCGGCCUCGAACUUUGCGUUCUAUGGCAACAAGCUCUUCCUGUUCAGCUUCAUCGCGACCCUGUACCCUGACGCCACGCCGUUUGAGCGCAUGCAGUGGGCGGCCCUCAACAACGCCAUAGGGCUGCUGGGCUACUGGGCCGCGGCGGCGGUGGUGGACAGCCCGAGAUACGGCCGCCGCAACCUGCAGCUGUUUGGUUUGAGUGCAACGGGUGUGUGCUUCCUGGCGUGCGGCGCCGGCUACCCCGCCCUUACCUCCAGCCCCGCCGGUUACAGGGUGUUCCAGACCCUCUACUUCCUGUCCGGCUUCUUCUGCCAGUUUGGCCCCAACUGCACCAACUCCCUGGCGGCGGCGGAGGUGUUCCCCACCGACGUGCGCACCACCUUCCACGGCGUCAGCUCGGCCCUGGGCAAGGUCGGGGCGCUGGCGGCCAACGUCGUCUUCGGCUACGUGAGCGUCCAGACCACCUUCCUCCUGUCUGCGGCAGCCAGCCUGGCCGGUGCCCUAGUCACCCUCGUGCUCCUGCCCGAUCCCUCAACCCUCACCCUGGACGAGCUCGACCGGGCGCACAAGUACAUGCUCCUGGGCAGUUUCGAGCACUACCACGGGGAGGCAGUGAACCCGCGCCGCCUCUCGCUGCUCGAGAGGUGGGUCCUCGACUGGUCUGCCCACUACGACCCGGCCCUCGACGCGGCCCACCAAGACCUGCAAACCUUCACCGCUCCCUUCACGCCGCCGACCUCCUACCAUGGCCCGCCCUCCUACCACGGCCCACCCUCCUACCACGGCCCGCCCCCUGCCGGCGCGCUCGCCAUGCUUUCACUCUCGCUGCCCCCCGGCGCCCGCGGCGGCGCCGCGCCGCGCGCGUGGGCGCUGUCGGGAUGGGGCAUCGGCGGCGCGGCGCCGUGGGCGCCCGCAGGCGAGCCGCUCGGCCGCGCGGUGAACAGCGCGAGCUGGGCGCACGGCGCGCGGCCGGGGGCAGCUGCAGGGCGGCUGCCUGCCAUGGGCGAGGAGCGCGGCGACGAGGACGACGCCGCCGCGGCGGGGGCAAAGGCGGCGUCGGUGGUUUGA